UCACGUACGUUCAUUCCACUGCCGUCAGUUGAAUCGUGCAAGUCUUGGCCCGGUUGCCGCGAUUGUGCCAGCGAUUGUUUGCGAACCUACUGCUACUAGUGCUGGUUGGGGCGGUGGUGCUAAGCGACCAUUUGUUAGGAGCUUUUCUCACCUCGGUGCUACCGGUGGUCCGAACGGAAACAGGCUUAAAGCGCCGCUACUCCAGCAGAAACAGCGCUACUCUCCAUCAACCGGCGCUCCGGCAAGCAGUGUAAUUCGAGUUCCCCCCACAGGGUGUCCUGAUUUCCGUUUCCCCUCACUGAUAAGUACCUUUAACCGUGCAGGGAUGAUGGUGUGGGUUUCGGACUACGAUUUCGACCCUAAGGGUCGAAAGAUGAAUCCGGAAGCGGUUUCGCAUUUAGAGCACAUGUGCUCGCUCGACAUCGACUCGACCACGCCGUUUGUGCGGCUGUCGGGCAUCAUCUGUACGAUCGGUCCGGCCUCGGUGUCACCGGAUAUGUUGGAGAAGAUGAUGUCCACCGGGAUGAACAUCGCUCGGUUGAACUUUUCGCACGGUUCGCACGAGUACCACGCCGAGACGAUCAAGAACAUCCGCGAGGCGGUCGCGAACUACUCGAAGAAGCUCGGCAAACCGUUCCCGCUGGCGAUCGCGCUCGACACCAAGGGGCCGGAAAUUCGCACUGGUCUGAUUGAGGGCAGCGGCACGGCUGAGGUGGAACUGAAGAAGGGUGAAAAGAUUCAGCUGACGACGGACAAGGAGCACCUGGAGAAGGGCAACAAGGACAAGAUCUAUCUUGACUACGUGAAUAUCGUGAAGGUGGUGAAACCGGGCGAUCACGUGUUCGUGGACGAUGGUCUGAUUUCGCUCGUGGUCGACAGCAUCUCGGGUGACACGCUCACGUGCACGGUAGAGAACGGAGGAAUGCUGGGCUCGCGCAAGGGUGUUAAUCUGCCGGGCGUGCCGGUGGAUCUGCCGGCCGUCUCGGAGAAGGACAAGUCGGAUCUGGUGUUUGGCGUGGAGCAGGGUGUGGACGUAAUCUUUGCCUCGUUCAUUCGUAAUGCGGCCGCCCUGAAGGACAUCCGGGCCAUCCUGGGCGAGAAGGGCAAACACAUCAAGAUCAUUUCGAAGAUCGAGAACCAGCAGGGCAUGCAGAACCUGGACAAGAUCAUCGAGGCAACCGACGGUAUUAUGGUGGCGCGCGGUGACCUCGGUAUCGAGAUUCCGGCCGAGAAGGUGUUUUUGGCCCAGAAAUCCAUGAUUGCCCGGUGCAACCGGGCCGGCAAGCCGGUUAUCUGUGCGACCCAGAUGCUGGAGUCGAUGAUCAAGAAGCCACGGCCGACGCGUGCCGAAAUCUCGGACGUAGCCAAUGCCAUCAUCGAUGGAGCCGACUGUGUGAUGCUGUCGGGCGAGACGGCCAAGGGCGAGUACCCGCUUGAGUGCGUGCUGACGAUGGCAAAGACUUGCAAGGAGGCGGAAGCCGCCCUGUGGCACCGCAACUUGUUCAAGGAUCUGGUCGAUACUACGCCAACCCCGCUGGACACCGCUGCUUCGAUUGCGAUUGCUGGGGCUGAAGCGGCCAUCAAGAUCCGAGCUGCUGCCAUCAUCGUGAUUACGACUUCGGGCCGUUCGGCUCAUCUCAUUUCCAAGUACCGUCCGCGCUGCCCGAUCAUUGCCGUGACCCGGUUCCCACAGACCGCACGCCAGUGUCACCUGUACCGUGGCAUUCUGCCCGUCAUCUACGAAGAACCCACCCUGGAGGACUGGCUGAAGGAUGUCGAUGCACGCGUUCACUAUGGUAUCGAGUUCGGCAAGGAGCGCGGCUUCCUGAAGCCAGGCAACCCGGUGGUCGUCGUGACUGGCUGGAAGCAGGGCUCCGGUUUCACAAACACCAUCCGCGUGAUCAAUGUUGAAUAAAUAAGCGGCCCUGGGCGACCGUCUUUCUACUCAACACACUUCGACCCUCGUCCGACGGACCAGGUGACGCAUGUACGCCACUGUCAUCAGGUGGGUUGACGGGUGCUUUCGAAAGGUCCCGUCCUCCUCAUCAGCGUCAACUCCGGCUUGUCUUUUACUUUCCCAAACAAGGAACUACCACGCUCCAGGGCAAACACCUUGUCCUUUUCUCCGGCAGUUCCACGCACGCGCACAGCAUUAAUUUAUUGUAUCUACUAAAGUCUAAAUUAUUUCUCGCAAAUGUUAUCUCUCUACCGAUAGUAAUCCCCUAGGGAAACGUGAUCGGAGUUUGGCGUAGCAGCGAAUAAAAAGAUUCUGUUCCCCCCACGAUUGGCAAGGUACCGUUUCUGUUUAUUUCAGUGAUAUGCAAAUUAGACGGACAAUUAAAUUGAUCGAGAUCUUAGCUGUUGAACGGAACUGCGGGCGGGGACGGUGGGAAAAGGGACAACGCCGACAAGCAACAGUCAACAUCUUGCAGAGGCGAACUGUUUCGUGCGUGUGUGUGUGUGUGUAUUGUUAUGUGUGUAUGCAAACAAUUAUCAAAAUCGUUGAAAAUAUUACUACUAAUCGAGUAACGUGUAUCGAAAGUGACACAAUAAAACAAACAUCAAUAAUCGUA